AUGGGUUCAUUUUAUGUAUUGUGUAUCUUAGGUUUAGUACUUAUUAUUGGUAGUAGUGAGGUUGCACAUGGCCAAGACUCCGCAGACGACUACGUGAACGCCCACAACGCAGCAAGAUCAGCAGUAGCACUUGAGGGUUUCAUUAUUCCAAAUAUUCAUUGGAAUGCCACUGCCGCUGAAGCUGCCCAGGAAUAUGUUAAUCAACACAAAGACUGUAAGGUGGAUGUGUCCGAUGGUAAGGGUUAUAUAUUCCCUUUCGGAAAGAAUAUCGCGGUGAGCACGAAGGACAUAAGUGGCGUAGAAGCGGUGAAAUUGUGGGUGGAUGAAAAACCAUAUUAUUUUCACUAUGGAAACUUAUGUUACCGAGAAUGUCGUCAUUAUGUCCAGGUGGUUUGGUCUGCUUCAAAAACUGUUGGAUGUGCUAAAGUGGGAUGUGAUAAUGGAGGCACACUGGUUGCUUGCAUUUAUACACCUCCUGCCAACUUUGCUAGUUUAGUACUUAUUAUUGGUAGUAGUGAGGUUGCACAUGGCCAAGACUCCGCAGACGACUACGUGAACGCCCACAACGCAGCAAGAUCAGCAGUAGCACUUGAGGGUUUCAUUAUUCCAAAUAUUCAUUGGAAUGCCACUGCCGCUGAAGCUGCCCAGGAAUAUGUUAAUCAACACAAAGACUGUAAGGUGGAUGUGUCCGAUGGUAAGGGUUAUAUAUUCCCUUUCGGAAAGAAUAUCGCGGUGAGCACGAAGGACAUAAGUGGCGUAGAAGCGGUGAAAUUGUGGGUGGAUGAAAAACCAUAUUAUUUUCACUAUGGAAACUUAUGUUACCGAGAAUGUCGUCAUUAUGUCCAGGUGGUUUGGUCUGCUUCAAAAACUGUUGGAUGUGCUAAAGUGGGAUGUGAUAAUGGAGGCACACUGGUUGCUUGCAUUUAUACACCUCCUGCCAACUUUGCUAGUGAAUCACCAUACUAA